GCAGUGAGCCCCUGCGGAAGGAGCGGCCCAAGUGGAAGAGCGACUACCCCAUGACGGACGGGCAGCUGCGCAGCAAACGGGACGAGUUCUGGGACACGGCACCCGCCUUCGAGGGCCGCAAGGAGAUCUGGGACGCCCUGAAGGCGGCUGCCUACGCCGUGGAGGCCAACGACCAUGGGCUGGCCCAGGCCAUCCUGGACGGCGCCAGUAUCACCCUGCCCCACGGGUCCCUGACCGAGUGCUACGACGAACUGGGGAACCGCUACCAGCUGCCCGUGUACUGCCUGGCACCACCUGCCAACCUCAUCCUGGAGCGGGGCGGCGACGAGAGCACAGAGCCCCUGGAGCCGGCGCCCAGCGCCCGGCGUGAGUUCCCGCUCAAGGUGCGGCUCUCCACCGGCAAGGACCUGCGGCUGAGCGCCAGCAUGGCCGACACCGUGGGGCAGCUGAAGAAGCAGCUGCAGGCGCAGGAGGGCAUCGAGCCGGGCUGGCAGCGCUGGUUCUUCUCCGGCAAGCUGCUGACGGACCGCACGCGGCUGCACGAAGCCAAGAUCCAGAAGGACUUUGUCAUCCAGGUGAUUGUGAACCAGCCGCUGGUGCCCAGGAACUGAGCCAGGCCGGCUGACGGGCGCAGGGGCUGCUGGGCCUCAGGGAAAGCCAGCAGGGCCCUCGGAGCCGGCGAACUGAGUCUCCACCCCAGAGGCAACAGCCCGCACUCGCCUGCUGGGCACGGCUGGGCACACAGCCCCGGGCAGAGCCGCACCUGUGGGGCUUGCGCUCGCCUCUGCGCUGCGUCGAUCCUCCCCGCCCCUGCUGCAGCCAUGGGGCGGGGGCUCCCUGCCAUCAGAACACGGCGGCCCCCUCAAAACCCUGACCCUGGAGGAGGUCGGGACCUGGCAGUCUCGGGAAGGGCUGCCGGGGUGGGCGGGGCCGCGGGAUGGGCGGGGCCUGUCUCACCCCAUUGGCACUUGGACGCUCUCAUAAAAUGGUUUCGAGAUUUGAGACCAAACCUCUUCCUGUGGGAGCCGCAUUCUCAGGACGCCGGGAACCUGCGGUGCCCAGGGCACCUGGCACCUCGGGCUGCCCUCCUGAGCCCAGCUCCUGGGGCGAGCCAGCCUGGGCACUCCGCCCUGCCACAUGUCGCCUGGCACCUCCCAGGCAGGCCGGGCGCUGGGCGGGGCCGGGCAGGGGGCAGCUCUCCCGGUGUCUAUGGGUCUGCGUAUUUAUCAAUAAAGCCUUUUUA